AUGAUACUGUUGUUGAGCAAAAACAUAAAUUGUAAGAAAAGAUAUAUAUGUCUGAGCCCGGGUUCGAACCGGGGACCUCUAGUGUGUGAGACUAGCGUGAUAACCGACUACACCACCCAGACCGUGUUAGUAUUCAUCAUAACAAUAUUAACUUUAUUCCAAUACUUCCUUCUAAUGAGUUGUCUAUAAAUAUCUAAGGUUUUGUCGGCAGUUUCAUUCGCGAUAGCAGUAAUGACGAGAACCAAGCAGUCUAAACGAAAACCCUCAAAUCAGGAGCCGCCUGCAACUCCCAAAAUCCACAAAAAAAUCAAGAAGCAGAAGAAAUCCAAGCCCCCUAAACCCGUGGUCCAUGUUUCUGAAUCUGGUUCUGAUUCAGAUUCAGUCCCACCUUCCGAUCCCAGCACCGAAAUCCAAACCCUACUAGAACCUUUCUCCAAGGAGCAGCUCAUCUCUCUCGUAAUCGAGCUUUCCUCUUCCGACGAACACAUCUUCUCCCUCGUCAAAGCCGCCGCCGACCAGGACAUCGGCCACCGCAAAAUCUUCAUCCACGGCCUCGGCUGGGACGCUACCCGCGAGUUAGUCGAGUCAAUUUUUGGGGCUUACGGCGAAAUUGAGGAUCUCAAUGUGGUUGCUGAUAGGGAAACCGGAAAAUGCAAGGGUUACGCUUUCCUCACCUACAAAUCAUUCGAAUCCGUGAAAAAAUUGUUGAAAAACCCUAGGGUUCAGGUGGGGAACCGUUUGACCUCGUGCCAGCUGGCGUCGGAGGGCCCACCGGGCCCUGCCGCCGCCGGGAUUGUUUCGCAGAAGCAAUUCUCCGCGUCGGAUUACCCGCAGCGGAAGAUUUAUGUGAGUAACGUGCCGCUGAAUGCGAGCCCGGAGAGGCUGUUGGCUUUUUUUGAGAAAUUUGGGGAAAUUGAGAGCGGGCCGAAGGGGAUGGAUCCGGAGACGGGGAGAUUCAAAGGCUAUGCGAUUUUCGUGUUUAAGACGCUGGAGGGGGCUAAGAAGGUGUUGGAGGAGCCAGUUAAGUUUUUCGAAGGGGGUCAGCUGCAUUGCAAGAAGGCGGCGGAGGGGAAGGGUCAGGUGGCUAGUGGCGCAGCGUCGAUAACGACUGCUCUGCAGCCGGUGCAGCCGCAGAUGCUGGCUGCGGUGGCGGCGGCUCAGCAGGUGCAGAAUAUGGCUUUGCUGGGGCAGCAGGCGGGGCUUGUGAAUCCUUUGUAUGGUGGUGGAUUGAUUGGUAAUGCGAACCUGGGUGGGUAUUAUGGGAUGCUAGGGGGUGGUCAGGGCUUGGGGUUAGGGGCCUAUGGUGUUUCUGGUGGUGGAAAUAGUGUUCCGGGAUUAGGUUCCUAUGGAGUUUCUAGUGGUGGCAAUAGUGUGCCGGGAUUAGGUGCCUAUGGCGUUUCUAGUAGUGGCAAUAGUGUGCCGGGAUUAGGCGCAUACGGUGUAUCUGGUGGUAGCAAUAGUGUUCCGGGAUUAGGUGCCUAUGGUGUGUCUGGUGGUGGCAAUAGUGUUCUGGGAUUAGGCGCUUAUGGUGUAUCUGGUGGUGGCAAUAGUGUGACGAGUGGGGCGAUGCUUCAGGGAUUGCAAUUUGCUUAUCCAGGUUUGCAGAAUGGACAAUCUUCUUCUACCUUGCCUAAGACUCCGGGGGCUGGUGGAAGCAGUUACUCUCAAAAACAAUGAUGUAUGAUGGCGUAGAUGGACAAACAGAAGUUGGUAAAUUUCUAUACCAUUUUUUGGGUCAGGGUUUGACUCAUUGAAUAUGGUAUCAGUUUUGUGCUAUAACUUUUAAUUUUCUCCUAUUAUCAUUUCUCUUUUUAUUUUUACCAUUUAAUGAACCUUUUGGAGAACCUGGUGUGCUACAGUCCAGCAUUUCUUCAUACUGUAUAAUUUCUUAUGGAUUUGUUUACUAGUAUAUGUGUUCAACUUUAAGUUUGUUCUGUCA